AUGUACGACGCCGUCGCCUGGUACCUGGCCGCCAUCAACGUCGAGGAGGUCUGGGCCUCGGGGAUCACGGGCGCCGGCGUCACGGUCCUGAUCAGCGACGACGGCGUCGACGCGUCGCACCCGGACCUCGCCAAGCUGAGCGUCGCGGACUCGUGCGACCACUACCUCAACGCCGCCGCGACCGAUUCGCACGGCACGCACUGCGCGGCGCUCGCCGUCGGCUCGUCGAACGACCACUGCGGCGUCGGCGUCGCCUACGGCGCGUCGCUCGCGUCGUGCAGGACCCUGGGCGAGAGCGACGUCCACGACAACCCGACGGCCUUCGCCAAGGGCGACGUGAACUCGAACUCCUGGGGCGAGGACUCGUGCAUCAUCGACGCCGCGGGCCAGGACGCGCUCAAGGCGGGCGUCGCCGACGGCCGCGGCGGCAAGGGCAUCGUCUACGUCUUCGCGGCGGGGAACGAGUACACCGGCAACGGGAACACGAACUUCGAGGGCUACCUCAAUUCCCGCUACGUCAUGACCGUCGGCGCCGUC